CCCAGUCUCCAGCCCUGGACCGCGCAUCCCGAGCCCUGCGCCCAGACGGAGUGUCUCCACAGCCUCCUCUGAGACACCAUGUUCAACUCAAUGACUCCACCACCAGUCAGUAGCUAUGGCGAGCCAUGCUGUCUCAGGCCUCUCCCCAGCCAAGGGGUCCCCAGCAUGGGGACAGAAGGACUGUCUGGUCUGCCCUUCUGCCACCAAGCCAACCUCAUGUCUGGCCCCCACAAUUAUGGGCCAGCCAGAGAGACCAACAGCUGCACUGAGGGGCCACUCUUUCCUCCUCCCCGAAGUGCAGUCAAGUUGACCAAGAAGCGAGCACUGUCCAUCUCACCUCUUUCUGAUGCCAGCCUGGACCUGCAGACAGUUAUCCGUACCUCACCCAGUUCCCUCGUGGCCUUCAUCAACUCACGCUGCACAUCUCCAGGAGGGUCCUAUGGCCAUCUUUCCAUUGGCACCAUGAGCCCAUCUCUGGGAUUCCCACCACAGCUGAAUCACCAAAAAGGGACCUCACCUUCCUUUGGAGUCCAGUCCGGUGGUCCUCAUGACUCUACCCGGGGUGGGAUGAUGCCGCAUUCUCAGUCCCAGGGACCCCUCCCAACUUGCCAGCUGAAGUCGGAGCUGGACAUGCUGGUUGGCAAGUGCCCGGAGGAGCCCUUGGAAGGGGACUUAUCUAGCCCCAAUUCCACAGGCACGCAGGACCCCCUACUGGGGAUGCUGGAUGGGCGGGAGGAUCUUGAGAGAGAGGAGAAGCCAGAGCCUGAGUCUGUGUAUGAGACUGACUGCCGCUGGGAUGGCUGCAGCCAGGAAUUUGAUUCCCAGGAACAGCUGGUGCACCACAUUAAUAGCGAACACAUCCAUGGGGAGCGGAAGGAGUUUGUGUGCCAUUGGGGAGGCUGCUCCAGGGAGCUGAGGCCCUUCAAAGCCCAGUACAUGCUGGUGGUGCACAUGCGCAGACACACAGGAGAGAAGCCACACAAGUGCACGUUUGAAGGGUGUCGGAAGUCAUACUCACGCCUGGAAAACCUGAAAACCCACCUGCGAUCACAUACGGGUGAGAAGCCGUACAUGUGUGAGCAUGAGGGCUGCAGCAAAGCCUUCAGCAAUGCCAGCGACCGCGCCAAGCACCAGAAUCGGACCCACUCCAAUGAGAAGCCGUAUGUGUGUAAGCUCCCAGGGUGCACCAAACGCUAUACAGAUCCCAGCUCACUCCGCAAACAUGUCAAGACAGUGCAUGGUCCUGAUGCCCACGUGACCAAGCGGCAUCGAGGGGAUGGCCCCUUACCCCGGGCAUCCUCCCUUUCCACAGUGGAGCCCAAGAGGGAGCGGGAAGGAGGCCCCAUCAGGGAAGAGAGCAGACUGACAGUGCCUGAGGGUGCCAUGAAGCCACAGCCAAGCCCUGGGGCACAGUCUUCCUGCAGCAGUGACCAUUCCCCGGCAGGCAGCGCAGCCAAUACAGACAGCGGUGUGGAAAUGGCUGGCAAUGCAGGGGGCAGCACUGAGGACCUGUCCAGCUUGGAUGAGGGGCCUUGCAUUGCUGGUACUGGACUGUCCACUCUUCGCCGCCUUGAGAACCUCAGGCUGGAUCAGCUGCAUCAACUCCGGCCACUAGGGCCCCGGGGUCUCAAACUGCCCAGCUUGACCCACACUGGUACCCCUGUGUCUCGUCGUCUGGGCCCCCCAGUCUCUCUUGACCGCCGCAGCAGCAGCUCCAGCAGCAUUAGCUCUGCCUAUACUGUGAGCCGCCGCUCCUCCCUGGCCUCCCCCUUCCAACCUGGUUCCCCACCAGAGAACGGAGCAUCUUCCUUGCCUGGCCUCACACCUGCCCAGCACUACCUGCUCCGGGCAAGAUACACUUCAGCCAGGGCAGGUGGCACCCCACCCACUGCAGCACCCAGUCUGGAUCGGAUGGGGGGUAUUCCUGCACCUCCUUGGAGAAGUCGAGCUGAGUAUCCAGGAUACAACCCCAAUGCAGGGGUCACCCGGAGGGCCAGUGAUCCAGCCCGGGCUGCUGACCGCCCUGCUCCAGCCAGAGUCCAGCGAUUCAAGAGCCUGGGCUGUGUCCACACACCCCCUACUGUGGCAACUGGAGGACGGAACUUUGAUCCCCACCUCCCAACCUCUGUUUAUUCAUCACAGCCCCCUGACAUCACUGAGAAUGUCACCAUGAAUACUAGAGGGCUACGGGAGGAGCCAGAGGUUGGGACUUCCAUGAUAAGCAGUGGUCUGAACCCCUAUAUGGACUUCUCAUCUGCUGAUACUUUGGGAUAUGGGGGGCCUGAGGGGGCAGGAACUGAGCCUUAUGGAGCUAGGGGUCCAGGUUCCCUGCCUCUUGGGCCUGGUCCACCCACCAACUAUGGCCCUAGCCCUUGUCCCCAACAGGUCUCCUUUCCUGACCCCUUCCCUGAUACAUGGGGCGAGUUUUCUUCUCAUUCUGGGCUGUACCCAGGCACCAAGAUUCCAGGUGGAGCCUACAGCCACUGUCCUCGACUUGAACAUUAUGGACAAGUGCAGGUCAAGCCAGAACAAGGGUGCCCAGUGGGGUCUGAUUCCACAGGACUGGCAGCCUGCCUCAAUGCUCACCCCAGUGAGGGGCCACCAUUCUCUCACUACCCCCAGCCCCCACAUCCCCAGUAUCCCCUGUCAGGUCCCUAUCCCCAGCCACUCCCUGAUUAUCUUCCUUCAGAACCCAGGUCUGGCCUGGAUUUUGAUUCCCCCACUCAUUCCACAGGACAGCUCAAGGCACAGCUUGUGUGUAAUUAUGUUCAGUCUCAGCAAGAACUGCUGUGGGAAGGUGGGGGCCCAGGAGAGGCCCCUGUCCGAGAACCUCCCUACCAGAGUCACAAGUUUCUGGGGGGUUCCCAGAUUAGCCCAAGCUCUGCCAAAGCUCCAGUGGCUACAUAUGGACCUGGCUUUACACCUAACUUGCCCAAUCACAAGUCAGGCUCCUACCCCACCCCUUCACCAUGCCAAGAAAAUUUUGCAGUGGGAGCAAAUAGGGCUUCCCAUAGGGCAGCAGCACCACCCCGGCUUCUGCCUCCAUUGCCCACUUGCUGUGGGCCCCUCAAAAUGGGGGGUACUAAUCCCAGCUGUGGCCAUCCUGAGGUGGGCAGGCUGGGAGGAGGUCCUGCCUUGUACCCUCCUCCUGAAGGGCAGAUGUGUAACCCUCUGGACUCUCUUGAUCUUGACAACACUCAGCUGGACUUUGUGGCUAUUCUGGAUGAGGCCCAGGGGCUGAGUCCUCCUCCUUCCCAUGAUGAGGAAGGCAGGUCUGAACAUACCCCACCUCCCUCUGGACCCCCCAACAUGGCUGUGGGUAAUAUGAGUGUCUUACUGGGAUCUCUGCCUGGGGAGACACAAUUCCUCAACUCUAGUGCCUAAAGAGUGGGGAGUCCAUCCAUCUGAUUGUGUUUCCUAAGGGGCUUCCAUCACUCCAGAGGAGUUGGGAGUGAAGCCACAGCCCCCUGCAUAAAUGCCCAGGGAUAGAAGGGAUGGGCUUGGGGCUGUAUUUAGGCUGUGCAUGUUUUGAGGAAAAAUUUGAUAAUGACACUAUUUCCGGACAAUAAAGGAACUGCAUCAGAAA